AUGCCAGGAUACAAUAUCAAACUAGAGGUGGAGGAUGACAACAUUCGGAUGGAAGAUAUUGAAGAACAGCCCCGAAGCUUUCUCAGAGCCAUCCUCUCCUCCAUCGCGAACAUCCCUAUGGUAUCUAUUGACUUCAUCCGAAACAACCCUCACUUCAUUCUGUUUCUAAUCUGCGUUACGUGUAACGUAUGGUACUUCUGGGAUACGAUAAUCUACUACAGCGAAUUACUCGAGAAUGUUGACCGCGAUAUUUGGAUUGCCGCAUUUUUCUGGAUUUUCAUCGCACGGUACUACCGUUUCGCGAUCGGCUUCUGCGGAUAUCACUUUUACAGACCCUCGCCCAUGCAGUCGCGAGAGCUCUGGACAUCCAGGGAUGUCACGGUCAUCCUCCCCACCAUCGAUCCCGACAACCCCAAGUUCGCCGAGUGCAUGCUCUCAAUUCUGGAGAACAGGCCGGCCGCAAUCCUUGUCGUUACCGUCGGAGCCGCCAUGCGCCAGCGGUGUGACGACUUCCUCGAACACUUCCGUCAAGCGUACCCAAUGACGCAAAUCGGCGUCAGCGCGAUCCCGCACCCCUCUAAGCGCCGGCAAGUCGCUCAUGCCGUACCCAAAGUCGAAACAGAAUUCACAAUCCUCGCCGACGACCACGUCUUCUGGCCCAGUAAGGAUUUCAUCCCCCACUCUCUCGCGCCCUUUGAGAGCCCAACCAUGGGUGUGGUGGCCACCUACAAGUGCGUCCGGCGUACAAGUCCUGGUAAGUUCUGGAGCAUGUCUUCAAUCAUUAACUUCAUCGGCUGUCUCUACCUCGAGCGCCACAACUACGAGCUCAGGGCCUCCAACGGCAUGGACGGCGGAGUCUUUGUGGUCUCUGGCCGCACCGCCAUCUACCGCAGCAGGUUUCUUAAAGCCGACGGCUUGAUGCAUCGGUUCUGUAACGAGAAAUUCUUCUUUGGUCUUUUCGGCGGUAAGGAAGGCCUCGGGCCGGAUGACGACAACUUCCUCACCCGCGAAGCUUACAAGCACGACUGGGACAUUAAGUUCCAGCAGACGGACGAAUGCACCAUCUGGACCACGAUCGGCGACGAGUCGCUCAGCAAAUUCCGUGGUCAACUCAUCCGCUGGGCCAGGACCACGUUCCGGAGCAACCCGUGCAUGAUGCUGGAAAGCAACAGGGUUCUCAUCAAGCGCAUGCCGUGGUCAUUCUUCACUGUCUACCUGACUGGCCUUAUUAACUUCGCGCUGUUGUGGGAUGGCUUGCUGAUGUUUACCUACUACAGCGCAUUGGGCGCUGACGAGUUUCUAACCACCGAAAUGCGGAAGCUCCUCUGCUUUAUGCUCUUUACCAAGGUAUGGAAAAUCGUACCCCAUUUUCUGCGGUAUCCUUCAGAUCUGCUGCUCCUGCCUUACCAGAUCCUCUUCGGGUACGUUCACUCAUUCAUCAAGUUUUGGGCUUUGAUUACAUUCUGGGACUGCGCAUGGCUGGGCCGUAAUUUGGACGCGGUCGACGACGAGGCUGAGCACUCAAGGAUGCCCCUGAAUAUGGAUUUCAGUUGGGGAGAAGUACGUCCCAACAGACCAAGCUAUGGAUAUCACUACUAG